AGCUUCUACUUCUUCUCCCGGACCACGAGACUUCACGCUCCCACAAGUUCUUGACGCCAUCGCACAGUUGCUGGAGUUAAACCCCAUCGAGGUAAAGUUUUCGGCCGAUGCAGCGCUCCACUCCUCCCUCCCAGAUUUUUACGAAAAGCUCCACACGACGCAGCGGGGAUUACACCAACGGGUGCUGCGAG